AUGGAACUUGUGCUGGACCAGAUGCCGUCACGGUCCGGUAGCAGUGAUGAGUGUUUUGUGCACGACGCUAAAGUAAAUAAAUCGACAGAAGUCCUCGGAGAAGUCAAACUGGAGAUCUUGGCUCCCAAUGAUGAAAAGCUAGAAAUCUCCCGUGCCAUGCGUGUGACAGCAUUGCCGGACCGUAAAGUCAAGUUCCAGAACCUGAGUUCUCAACUGCGGCUGACCAAUGAACAUGGGGAGUCUAGGGAUGUGACAUUGGAUAUGGAUUUGCGGAUGCAUAAUGCUCUUGGUGUCUCCGACGCUAUCUUGAACUCUGUCAUAUUCUGCCACCAAGAAGACUCUACUUGGCCGCUAGAUGACGGUCAGAAAGUCAAAGAGAGGUUUGAUGAGAUUUUCGACUCUGAGAAGUACAGCGAGUGCUUUGAACAUCUGAAGAAGUUGAGAAAAGACUACUCCCAUGAUAUUAAGUUGCUUGCCUUCGAUACCGUGAAGUGGAGCGCGCUGUGGUCCAGCCUUCGUCGCAGGGGCAUACCCGAGUGUGUCAUCCGCAUCAUCCGCUCCCUGUACGAGGGGAGCACAUGUAGGGUGAUACAUGAAAAGGAAAUGGGAGCGCCUAUACAAAUAAGUGCCGGUGUGAAGCAGGGAUGCCUCCUGUCUCCACUGCUAUUUAUAAUUCUGCUCGACGACGUCAUGAGAAGAGUGGUCAAAACGCCAAGAGGCAUUUCCUGGCAUACAAAGGUACUGGAAGAUCUUGAUUACGCCGAUGACAUCGUGCUGAUUUCGCCAUCUUUAGCCCACCUAAAAGCGAAACUUGAGAGUCUUCAAGAGGAAGCUGAAGCCAUGGGCCUGCGAAUCAACCGACGGAAGACUGUCAAUAUGCGAGUACAAUCAGCUUGUAAGGAACCUUUGUUGCUCAAAAACGACCGCCUCGAAUCAGUCUCCAAGUUUGUGUACCUCGGCAGUACACUGUCGUGUCAGGGAGGUGCAGACGAUGACGUCGAGAGCAGAAUUAAGAAGGCAAAAGCUGCAUUUGCUCAACUCAAGCCUGUUUGGGAUUCAAACGUGCUUACUCGCCGCGUGAAAAUCUCCCUCUUCGAAUCUAUUGUCAAGACCGUGCUUCUCUUCGGCUGUGAGACAUGGAGAGUGACAAAGGGGCUGACGCACAAACUUCAAGUGUUUGUCAAUAAGUCCCUCCGGUCGAUCCUCCGUAUCUUCUGGCCGAAAACUAUAAGGAAUGAGAAUCUGUGGAAACAAGAUGUAGACCAUCUAUUUGAGAAGAAAGAAGAAUUAGAGAAGAAGAAACUUGAUGUGGAAAACAUUGAGACACAGAUCACCGAAGCCAACGCUAAAAUAGAAGAGUUAUCUAAGGAGUUGGAAGAAGUCUCGGCCAAACUGGAGACUAUUAAGACUAUGGAGAAGAGCAUUGUGGGGCUCGAGAAUAAGAGGGAUAAAAUUAAAGUCAAGUUGGAGAACUUCCAGACCCAAGAAAAGGAAUUGAAGAACACCAUCAAAUCUUUAUUCGAAGGGACUGUUGAAGAAUUAAAUGAAAGCAUUGCAUCCCACGGCCAAACAGUCCAAGACAAGCAAAAGGAGCUAAUAGAGAUCUACGAAAGGAAGUCGGCCUUCGACAAGGAGCGAGAGAAGAUUGAGAAUGAGAUGACCUAUAACAAGGUCAAACUGAACGAGUUUAACUUCCUAGAAACCAGAAUAAGGAGAAGGUUGAUAGGAGGAACAAGCUGA